AUGUAAUUUUUGGAAGAAUAAAAAUAAAGGAGAAAUUAUAAGUUUAUUAAUGUUAUAACCCAUAGAAGGCUUUUCCUGAAAUAAAAAUUUAUCAUUUAAUCAUUUUAUCAUGGGAAAUCAAUUUAAUAGGUGUGGAAUAUAAUUUUUUAAUAUAUAUUAAAUUAGAUCCUAAUAAUAGGAUUUCUGUAAGCAAAUUUAAAAAUAAUUGGAAUAUUUUUGAAUAAAUAUGAAGUUAUGUUUUCUUGUCAAUAAAGGAUUUUAUUCAAGCUUUUAACAGGUAAACUUAAUCAGAGAUUGUCAGUAAAUAAUUUGAUAGUUAAAUUAAUACUGAUUUCUGAAAUCUAUUUUCAUCUAUGGAUAAAAGAGAAAUAUUCUAUGUUUAUUUAGAAUUGUUGA